AUCAUAGUCGCCAUCCUAGGCCUCAUCCCCCUUGCCGUUGCCCAAAGAUGCAACGCCGAUAACUGCGCUCGCAGAGUGACCGGUACGUUCCGGGCUGCCGGCGUGCCGGACGUCACAAACCGCGGGUUAGACUGCUCCUCUUACAUGCAGACCGCCGUCAUCCCGGACACGUUCACUUCAACCGUCACAACCACAAUCUACACCGACAACAUCCCCACAAACCCCACCACAACCUUCUCUCAAUCAACAACCCGCGCCGCCAUCACGCAAUCCCCCACCUCAGUCCCCUCCUACGCAGCCGUCUCCUGCACCAGCACCGGCGCCUAUUCCUCAGCCUGCAGCUGCUGGGGCUACAUCCCGUCCAUAAAAACCCUCCCCGCGCCAGUCGCCAUCGUCACGGCAACC